AUGUCUUCCAAAUUUAAUUUUCUCAACGAGGUCGAUAAUAGGCGAGGAGUUGGAUGGAAUGUCCGAGUUCGUCUUCUACGCGUGUGGACAAAGAUGGAUUUCAAUGAUGAUAAUGAAAUCUCCAUGAUUGAGAGCGUCUUAAUCGAUGAAAAGGGCAAUAGGGCCGUUGCUGAAAUUAAAAAAGACCUAGUAUACAAGUUUCAAGAUCCCAUGAAGGAGGGAGAGUACAAACAAAUAAGCCAUUUUGGUACGGCUACUGACAAAGAGCUCCAAAGAUAUAGUGAUAACAAAUACAAAAUAAUAUUCAAACACAGUACCAAGAUUGCGACAAUUCCCGAGUAUGUGGAUCGUCCUUAUAUUGGUGAAUAUGGUUUUCAGUUCCCGAAAUUUGCUGAUAUCAUAAACAAAAGGGUGAAUGAAUCUUUACUGAUAGAGAUGAUGAAUGAUAUUCCGUGGGAGAUUCUCCUGAGAGCAGAUCCCGAAUGUAUUUUCGGUUACAUACUUGUUUCGAAGCAAUGGCUGGAGUUGAUAACCAGUCCUUGUUUCCGAAAAGAUUAUAUGAAGAGAUGGAAGAACUGGAAGGGCUGGGAUCCUGAAUUUUUUAUAGGAUUUUUGGUUUAUGACGCUGAACAUUUAGACCGUCGUUGCGUUCCCCCGACAUUUGUUGACUUGGUGCCAACUACCGAAUCAGGGCGUGUUUUAAACGGAAGCAAUUUCAUGAGUAAUGCUGGCUAUUUCAUUGCGGCCACAUCAGACGGUGGUCUAAUUCUAUCAGGAGCAUCGGCAGUCGUGGCGUUGUGUAUUGGUUGGCCAUAG